GCCCGCAGAGGCGCCGAGACCCCCGGGACGCGCCUAGCUCCGCGUCCCGGGGGUCUCGGGUGGGGGCCUCUCUUCCCCGCCGGGGGCCGGAGAGGUGGUACCCGCGCGGUGUCCUGCGCCGAUGGGGGCUGCGCGGUGCGGCCCCACGCCCUCCUCCCAGUCCCCUGAGGCCCAGCAGCCGGCUCGCAGUCCCGCACCUGCACCCGCACGCUCUGCCCCGCCACCUCCGAGGGCCUGGCGUCCCGGCAGAGGAGCCCGGGCUUCCGGGCACACGAUGACCGCCCCCCACUCCAGCACCGGCUGUCGGGCAACGUGGGGCCAGCCCUCUGGCCCCGGCUGGCGGAAUGCAGAAAGGGGAAGCGGCGCCCGCCGGGGUCUGCUUCCAGGGUGGAAGGCGCUGCAGCUGGUGGCUGCGGGGACCCAGCUGCGUUCCGGGCGGAACCGCCCGGGCCUCUCUGGCGCCGCUUCUGCGACAAGGACCGCCGAAAGACGCCGAGGCGCCUCUUUCCUCCCGGACCUUGUUCCUCUCAGAGCUGGUCCUCAGAGCCUUAGCCAAUCCCCACCCAUGCAGAAUUCCGAAACUGUCAUUUUGAAGGACAGAAGAAGUGUGGCCUAGAGAUGUUUUGUUGAACUGUUCCUCCAGCUAAUAAGGCGGCCCCCAGGCGUGGAGCGCCAAGUAGGGGGCUGCUAGGGGCAUGGGCUGGAAUGCGGGAAGGGGAGAGCUCAACCACUGCCCGGCGUGCCAAGGCCUGGGGACACCCGGACCCUCCGUAAUCACUCUCCCUCCUCGCCCCCCGCUCCGUGGCCGCAACCCACCAGGGGACCUCAGGGGACGCACUUGGACGGCCCCGCCCGCCGGCGCACUUGUCUCCAGCCCUCUCCGCUCCGUCUGGCGCACUGCGUGGUGCGCCUAGUUUCCCGAACCCCGCAGAGCCGCAGCUGCGUUGAGGACACACCGCACGCCUCCCGCGCUCUGGUCGGGGUGUCUCCGGGCCCACCCCCAGUGCAGGCCCUGGGGGGCGGUCGACGCCAGCGCGGCAGGUGCAGCCCAGAGGCCGCGCGCGGCUUCCAGGAGACCAGCAGAUGCUCCAGACUGGUGAGGCGGGCAGUUUCCCCCAGACCCGGGUCUGCGGGCUCUGAGCACUGACCGGACCCAGCCUAGGGGAGACAGGACCCUGGCCGUGACGCCUUCUCGGGAAAGGGAGGUGAGGCCGUGAGUAUACUUUAUUUAGAGCGCUAGCCUGGGAUCCAGACAGAGGC